UUUUUUAUGGAAAUGAGAUGAGUGCGAAGAGUUAAGAGAAAAGAGGGAAGAUAGGUUAUCUUCUGGUAUUGCUAUCUUUAGGUGCCCAAUAUUUGAAUAUUGGUCAGUCCUAGCUGUAGCUGUUUGGUUUUGCAUCCGGUAUUGUGUUCUUUUGAUUGGGUGGAGAGAGAGAGAAGGUCAGAGGACUGGUGAUUUCAUUGAUUUUGUUGAUCUUUUGCACGACCGGUCGAUAUACAUCGGGGAAAGUGGGUGAGAUUUCUUGAUUGUGUGUUGAUAUUGAUUACUUAGGUAUUGGUAUACGAUAUUCGUAAUGGAAUUGGGGAGGAGUACGGUACUUUCGAGUGUGGCGGAACAUGAUGAGGAGGGAGAGAUGAUGGGAAUGCAGGAGGAGGAGGUGAAGAGGUAUAGGAUUCAUGUGAGUGGGUUUUUUUGUUUAAUGUUUUUACGCUUUUGUUUAUUCUAUAUGUUUGUCCCUUUGUAUCAAAACUAGGUAGUAUGAGAUAUUGUUUUUGAAUUUCGAGUCGGAGAUUAGUGGUUUAGAUGCUGGUGCUGGUGCUGCGGCAUGGAAUGGAAUGGGAGGGGAUUAACAAUGCUAAUGGGGUGGCGAGAUAGAUUAGUUCGAAAUAUCUCGAUUUGACGAGGAAGAAAUUGGAGUUGACGCGGUUACCGCACGAGAGACCUGGGGAGGAGGGUGGGAGGGGUAAGAGUGAGGAAGGAGGGGAAGAGGAAUUGAAUGAGGAGAGCGGGGUAACUAAGAGGGAGAUUGAGGAAUUGGUUGAUUAUUGGUAUGUAUAUUUUGGAUUCUUGUCUAUCUAUCUAUUUUAGGAUUGGAGCUUGUAAAGGGAAGUUUUAUUUAAAAGCGAGGAAAGAGCUAACAUAUUGAUGCACAAAAGGCUAGAAAACUAUUCCUGGCGCAUGAGAGAAAAUCAUUAUAAUACGACCUACCCACAAUAUCGCACUACCUUUACGAUUCCGGAGUCUAUUAGCAAUGCGUCGAAAGAAUCGAGCCGAACUCUUCGUGUUCAUUUCUUACAUAUACGAAGUACACGUCCGAAUGCGGUCCCGCUGUUGUUGGUUCCUAGUUUUCCGAGUAGUAAUUUGAGCUUGGAUUUAGGUGUGUUAGUUAGGGAAUUGUGUGAGCCGGAAGUUUUGGAAGAGGAUGCACAAGGACACGGACACGAACACGGACAUGGACAUAAGCAGGCUUUUGAUCUGGUGAUACCAUCUAUUCCGGGCACGGGGUUUAGUGAUGAGAUACCUGGAUCUAAAGGUGAUGUGGUGAAAGAGACGGCGAAAUUAUUUGGGCAAUUGAUGAAGAGGGUGGGAUAUGAAAAUUAUAUUGCUUCGAUGAUGGGUUCUGGGAGGGAGAGGGGCGGAGAAGUGGAUUAUUAUCUAGGGAGGGAAAUUGGAGAUUUGGAGGGCUGUAGAGGUGUACAUUUGGUUGAGCCAAGGUGGGGAAUUCCGACUGUGAAAGAAGGGGUUUGGGAUUGGGUUAGAUGGAAGGUAGCGUUGUUCUUUCAUGCGGGCAUCUGGGGUUAUGAGAAGGGGGACUGGAAAAGUUUGGGUUUGCAGGUGAGGAAAGGGGAGCACAAAAUGCCGGGCAGAAUGUCGUUGUUGGGUGGGAAAAAGAAGAUGAGAUAUGGAGCUGUUGCUAGCAUUGGCUUGAGAGAACCGGAUAUUUUGGCUUACGCACUUUGUGACUCUCCUGUGGGGUUGUUAAGUUUUCUUGCGACGGCAUUGAGGAAGAGAAGUCCGAAACAUCAACUAAGCAAAGAGAAAAUUAUUGAUCUUUGUCAAUUGUGUUGGCUACCCGGACCCGAAGCAGCGUUGCGAUAUUAUGCAAAUGCCAUACAAGAAAGUGAGCAAUUGGAAGGCGACAAGGGUAACACGAAGCGGAAGACAGUUGCGAUAACGGUAUUUGAUGGAGAGCAAGGCUUUGUUGGGUAUAGUCCUCCUGCUUGGGGAAUGGGUAGAUAUGAAGUUGUCUUCGUUCAAAGGGCCAGUGGCAAACCUGGACUUCUGGAGUGGGAAAGAUCGGAUGUUAUUUUUGAAGGUAUUCGUGGUUUGGCGAAGGAAGUGCUUAAAUUGGAUGAUAAGAUUCAGCUGCGAAGAUUGGAAGGAGUAUUUGUUGAUGGAGAGCUUGAACAUGGCGAGAAUAGGGAUGAUAAUGGUCAUGGUAUGCAGCUAGAUGUUGAAAGUCCGGAUACGAUUGUUGCUGGUUGAAAUGGUACACAAGGACACGGAUGAUCUGAAGAUGAGAUCAGUGUUAAUAAAGAGUGCGGAGAUAAUCAGGAUAUACAUAAUACAAGACGAGAAGGAUAUAUGGGAUGGAGCAUAAUGAGGGAAGACAUGCUUUGAGAUACCAAUGAGAUUAGCUUUUACUCACGCACACAAAAUUUCCUGUGAAAAAUUAAUGUUCGUUACAACUUACAUGCCCAAAUACAUGAGAUGCUCUCCAAGUGAAACACAUAUUAAAUGCCAAGACAAUCUGAUCGACCCCGAAAAAAAUAGACGCCGCGUUUGUUGGUACACGGUAGAUGUUGUGAUCGACCGACCUCGCGCUGACAAGGGCAUUGCAGAUAAAUAGAUACUUUUUUUCUCCACAUCUUUCCGUGUUCGAAAAUAUAUCUUUGGUCUGGGGCCAGCUUGUCCUCAGCUUGCCCUACUGGUCUUGGUCCUUAGUAUGUAAGAUUAAUUGUUGCAUACGUGAUAUCAAGACAUGUUCAACAAUUUUUUUCAAAUGUGACAUGUCAUAUAUAGAAGGCUUAGCCUUGCUGCUCCUCCAGGACCAGCAGGUCGCCAAGAAAAUCUUGCAUGCCUUGCGGUGAAAGGUCUGUGAACCCCGAAGGCGGGGUGGUUUCUUUGCUUGGAAAUUUGGGCGGGCGAUGGCCAUGGGAUGUCCUGAGUGUAACUUUUGGUGGGUGUUGGUGGUUCGAAAUUUUACAGCUGCAGUAUUUGGGAUGGUAUCACAUUGUGUUUUUGUAGAGGAUUGAGUGAUUUGCGUUUUAUAUUCGAGACGGUAUGACUUUGUGUUUGUUUCUACCGGGAGGUAUCUAAAUUAUGGCUGAGAUGAGAUGAGGUGGGAUGAGAUGGCUGAUGUGGUCUUAAUUCUUCAUGCUAAGA